AUGAGGCCGUCCCAAGCAGAGCCAUUCGCGUCCCUCAGGAGCGAGCGAGGAGAACCUCGCACUUCUUGGGCAUCUGAAUCUCAUCCAGGACCCCAGGUCAAUGCGAGCGUCCGAGGCAUACGCUCCGAAGACUCGUGGGUGGAAAUUUCCUCUCACGCUUCAACAGCAUCCUUAUCGUCCGUCAACAAUGAUAUUAUCACUACGGGGCUACAGCUGCAGUCCCAGGACGAGCGGCUAUCGCGCCAACUUCAAUCCCUCCCUCAUGUCCCCCAUCCUCAACCACGGUCUUCGAGCACUGCCGGAAGUAGCCAGGAUGAAUACGAAGAGAGUGAGAGCGAAAGUGAUCGGGUCCUGAGCAGCUCCAAUGAAGACAUCGGUCAAGGCGACUCAGCGGAUGAUGACGAUACCUCGACAGCGCUCGGUGUUGGCAGCCUAGACAAAGCAUUCACGCCUCAGCCGAAUGCAUUCUCACACCCCCCUUCGUCCCAGCCUCGAAAUGCACCGGGUUCAUAUUUCCCUCCUGGCGUGGCAGCAGCAUCUGAGCCACGUGCCGACCGCACAGUCACUCAACGCAGUUACCAACGUCAAAUGCAAUCCAGGAAUCGUCCUGCAUCGGCGUCAUCAUACCAGCCGGACCAUGACGCGGCGUUGCGGGCAUCGCUGACAACCCUACUCUCGUGUGCCGCAGCCGUUCGGCCCAAAGGUCCUGAUGCCCGACCACCCCAACAACGAGCGUCGACGCAACCGACAGCUCUGCGUCUUGUCCCAGAAUCAGAGUUGGUGAAUCCACCACGACAGAGACGUGCUUCUUCUCCCAACAAGCAGACCAAGCGUAAAUCGCGCGAAUCAAGCAAAGAUCGACACGCUGCGAAGAAAGUCCGGGCUGCCAGCGCCAAAGCGACCGCCACUGCGACUGGCGAAGAGCUAAUCAGCCCAACCCUUGCUUCAUGGAUGAUUUCAGCUGGCGUGGUGCUCGUGUUCUCGGCCAUCAGUUUCAGUGCAGGAUACGCUUGGGGCCGAGAGGUUGGGAGGAUCGAGGGCGAGUUGGGUCUUCCCGGCGGAGGAUGUGGACAAGAAUCGGUGAGGUCGAGCGGGACCGGGCUGAGGAGACUGAGAUGGAGUUCAGCCGCCAGCAGUAUACGCGCUUAG